AUGGGUGUAGGAGGGGGUGCCAUGGUUCUUGGAGGGAUGAAAUCUCCCCAUGAUAUGUUUGGCUUUUGCAACUGUCCAUAUUACAACAUUGAACUGAAGGGAAUCUAUGUUGCUGCGUAUCCUUUGAAAUUAAACCCGAAGGUGUUUGAUGGAGGUUAUGGAACAGUCUUGGAUAGUGGAACCUUCCCAAUGAUGCUUUUCUUGCGCUUAAGGAUUCUCCUAGUCCAGAUUUGCCCAUGGGCUUGCCCAAACUGGUGGAUCCCAUACAUUGUCCGGGCUGGAUUUUGUGCGCUGGAGGUAGAAAUCUGGCCUGGGGGGGCCUUGUGCCAAGGCCAGGCCCCUGCGCUGCACUUGCUCUUAGGAGGAAUUGUUACAUGUAAUAUCCUUGUGACUUACGAUUGGGAAAACAAUAAGAUUGGCUUUUAG